AUGGUUUUAUACACUUCUCCAUUUCCCAACAGCUUUCUGUCAGUUCUGCAUUCUUUUUCCUGGGGCCUGAUUUUCCCAUGUUACUGGCUAGCAGACAGGCUCGUGGGCUCUUUUGUUCCAACCACCUAUGAAAAACGUCAAAGAGCAGAUGACCCAUGCUAUUUUCACGCACUCUGCAUCAUUAUUACAACUCCCAUCUACCUGGCACUCUUGGUGGCCUCUCUUCCUUUUGCUCUGAUUGGCUUCUUGCUCUGGUCCCCGCUGCAGUCAGCCAGAAGACCCUAUAUCUACUCCAGGUUGAAAGACAAGAACCAUGCCAAUGGAGCCACACUGCUCACUGAAUGGAAGGCAGCAGGGAGUGGGAAAAGCUUCUGCUUUGGCAGUGCCAAUGUCUGCCUGCUGCCCGAUUCGCUGGCAAGAUUUAAUAACGUUUUCAAUACGCAGGCCAGGGCUAAAGAGAUUGGCCGGAGGAUCCGAAAUGGGGCAAGCAGGCCACAGAUUAAAAUAUACAUAGAUUCUCCUACCAACACAUCCAUCAGUGCAGCCAGUUUCAGCAGCCUGGUCUCCCCCCAGGCUGGAGACAACCGCACUGUUAAUGCUGGCAUCAAAAGGACAACAUCAAUGGAGUACAAAGGAGACAAUUGUGGCUCAAACAACGGCGAGGAGAACAGAGAAGAUAAAGGUGGAAGUGGAGAGCCACACGAGGGAGAAGAAAACACUUGCAUUGUCCGUAUCAAUGGAGAGGAGAAUGGCCACAUGUCAGACACAGAAACAGACACCGUCAAUGGCCAGGCUCGUGCCAGUGGCCCCGCAGAACCCUCACUGGAAGGUGAUGCAGAGGUCUCAAAAACACCAAACCACAAACAGAAGGAAGGAGAUUCUGGGAGUUUAGACAGCUGCUCUGCCUCACGAGAGUCUCUAGUCAAAGUCCGUGUUGGAGAUGGUACAGUGGACCAAAGCACUGUCAACAGCAAGCUCCUCUACAAAGCUUCAAUCAUGAAGAAGACUUCCGUGCGGAAAAAGAAACACACAGAUGAGACCUUUGAUCAUGAGAUCUCUGCUUUCUUCCCUGCCAACCUGGACUUUCUGUGCUUGCAGGAAGUGUUUGACAAAAGAGCUGCAGAGAAAUUGAAAGAGCAGCUCCAUCACUAUUUUGAAUACAUCGUCUAUGAUGUUGGGGUCUACAGCUGCCAUGGCUGCUGUAGCUUUAAGUUUGUGAACAGUGGUCUACUUUUUGCCAGCCGCUAUCCUGUUAUGGAUGCUGCCUAUCACUGUUACCCCAAUGGAAGAGGAAUGGACUCCUUGGCUUCCAAGGGAGCCUUGUUUCUCAAGGUGCAAGUGGGAAGUACACCUCAGGACCAAAGAAUUGUGGGAUACAUUUCCUGCACUCACUUGCAAGCUAUUGCAGGAGACACAACUGUUCGAUGUGAGCAACUGGAUAUGCUUCAAGAUUGGCUGUCUGAAUUCAGAAAAUCUACCUCCUCCUCCAGUACAGCCAAUCCAGAGGAGCUGGUGGCUUUUGAUGUACUCUGUGGAGAUCUCAACUUUGAUAAUUGCUCCUCUGAGGACAAGCUGGAGCAACAGCACUCUCUGUUUACACACUACAAAGACCCGUGUCGAGUUGGUCCUGGGGAGGACAAGCCUUGGGCAAUCGGUACCCUGUUGGAUCCUGAAGGAUUAUAUGAUGAAGAAGUGUGCACCCCAGAUAACCUACAGAAGGCGCUGGAAAGUGAAGAAGGGAGGAAAGGAUACUUAGUCUAUCCCACCAGCAAGAACCAUGGUUCCAGUCAGAAGGGGAGGAAGGCAUCACUGAAGGGAAACGGGAGGAGGAUUGACUAUAUGCUCUACACAGAAGAAGGUCUCUACCUGGAAUGGAAAGUGGAAGUGGAAGAGUUCAGCUUUAUCACCCAGCUGGCAGGGCUGACUGACCACCUUCCAGUAGCAAUGCGUCUCAUGGUGUCUACGGGAGAGGAUGACCCUUAA